AUGUGCUACUACCAACGCAUAAUCCACACCUGCGGCCAUACCUUCCACAUCCCCCUCUUCGACCGCCCCUGCGCCCACGUGGGCACCCCCGAGUGCCGCCCCCGCCACCUCCUCGAGCGCCUCAAAAACGCCCGCAAGUGCUCCGCCUGCACCACGCCCGAGGACCUCGCCGAGAGCAAGCGUGACGCCCGCCGCCGCCGCCGCUGCCCCUCUCGCCGCGAGCGAAGGGCCAUGAUGAAGAAGGCCUCGUCUUCCCAGCUUUGA